AUCAAUGUACUCAAUACGGACUCACGCUUACGGCUGCGUGUUUCCGAAAUUUUGAAGAGGUAAACAUUUGAAGUGAUCUGAAGAUGUCGGAUAGUCGCAAAGGGAGUGUGGCUGGGCCCCAGAGGCCCAGCAAGGCGCCCAAUAGUGGGCUGCAGGAGAAGGCGAUCGAGCUGGACGACGUGCUCGUGAACGAGCUGGGCCAGUUCGGGAAGUUCCAGCUGUUCAACCUCCUGCUCGUGUCCAUCCCCAUGAUUAUGUCUGCAUUCAUGAGUGAAUAUAUUUUCUCGGCUGCAGCUAUUCCACACAGGUGUCAGAUCCCAGAAUGUGGGGAGUCUCAUAAAGACCACUACUUCAACCCCGCGUGGACGGGCGAGGCCAUCCCGGCGGGCUCCAGCUGCGAGCGCUUCGCCCCGCGCGGCCCCAACGGCUCGCUGGCCUCCUGCCCCGCCGCGCUCUUCUACCAGGACCAGCAGAUCCCGUGCGACGGCUUCGUCUACGGGAGGGACAAUUCCGUCGUCUACGAUUUCGACCUCGGGUGCCAGGAGUGGAUGCGCGCGCUAGCAGGCACGCUGAACAGCGUGGGAACGCUGCUGGUGCUGCCCAUCACGGGCUACGUGUCCGACCGCUUCGGCCGCCGCGUGGCGCUCGUCAUCAGCGUCUUCAACCUCGGGCUCAUCGGCCUCAUCCGCGCCUUCUCCGUCAACUACCCCAUGUACCUGGCCUUGCAAAUCCUCCAAACCACUCUUGGAGCUGGCACCUUCAGUUCUGCGUAUAUCUUUGCUACGGAGUUUGUUGGUCCUAAGUUCCGUGUCGUCACGAGUGCCUCUUGCUCUUCUAUGUUCGCCGUGGGCCAAAUGAUCCUUGGGAGUGUGGCUUGGGUGAUCCAGCCCUGGAGAUACAUGAUCAUGGCACUCCACAUCCCUUGCUUCCUGAUCGUUUCCUACUACUGGAUACUAUCUGAGAGCGUAAGGUGGCUGUUGUCUAAACAGAAGUAUAAUGAAGCUAAAGUUGUUUUGGAAAAGGUGGCUCGAGUCAAUGGGACUCAAAUUAGUGAAAAGUCAUUGCAUGCGCUGUUAAACCCUCCGCAACCUCCAGUCAUUGUUGAGAAAAAGGAUGAGCCAGGCAUGAUCGCUACAAUUGUCAAAUCUCCAGUUCUUUUGCGACGAGUGCUCACGACUCCCAUUUGGUGGAUCACCACCACCUUCGUCUACUACGGCCUGUCCAUCAACUCCACCAGCCUGUCCGACACCAUGUACCUGAACUACAUCCUCACUUGUGCCAUUGAGAUCCCUGGGUACUUUCUUGCUGUUUUCCUCUUGAACUGGAUUGGAAGGAAGACUACUCUCUCUGGGGGAUAUCUCUUGAGCGCAGCUUGCAACUUAGCUUUCGCAUUUAUUCCCUCUGACCUGACCGUGCUUCGGCUGAUUAUAUUCUUGCUGGGCAAGUUCGGAAUCUCGGUGGUGUUCACGUCUCUGUACCUGUUUACGUCGGAGCUGUACCCCACGCAGUACCGCCACAGCCUGCUCGCCUUCUCCUCCAUGAUCGGCAGGGUCGGCUCCAUCACCGCCCCUCUCACUCCCGUGCUGACGGAGUACUGGCAAGGGCUGCCGUCGAUCCUGUUCGGCUCCAUGGGGCUGCUGUCGGGCGUGCUGGUGCUGACGCAGCCCGAGACGCUCGGCACCAAGAUGCCCGACACGCUCGCCGAGGCCGAGGCGCUGGGCAGGCGCCCGCGCGCCGGGCCCAACUGAUCUGACACAAAUUAAUUAUUAAUUUACUAGCUACUUACUAU